GGAAAUUCCAUAUUUUAUGGAAUUGUGCGAAAUAGGACCUUGGUCGCAAAUGCCCGUAGGUCAUUUUGUGCGAUAUGUCAUUAGUUCCAACUUUGCGGAUCCCGAAAUUAAUUACAGGGUGCCCUAAUAAAUCUUCAGGAGGCAAUAUGCACAAUUCAUGUCAGUUAUCUACAUCGACACCCUGUGGGAAAAAAAGUGGAAGUCUGUCCAACACGCGACUAGGCAUUCGUUGAAUGGGACCGUAGACAAGGACAGGAAACGGAAUCAAUCGGAAAUGCAAGUAAGAGGGUGAAUGUCGCGUGGUUACUACCGGGUGGGGAUGAAGUGGGGAUGAAAACGUGUCCGGACGGCGCUCGUAUCAACAGGGUAAGUCUGUGACACAUUCAACCACAGGUUGUACGCGUGUAGAUACGACGUCAGACACGCGCUUCAUUUCCGAAAUAUUUGCGAGGCAAGUGUCCCGUGUGGUGACGACAUGGAUCAUAGUUUAUCUCAGAACACCCCGUUGCAUUGGGGCUAUUCCGCGAACAACCCCGCAACUACGUCUUGGACACCAGUGACCCGGGCAGUGAAAAGGCCUCUUUCAGAAAGUGACGACUGUGAUGAUGUGUUUUCUGAGGAAUCCAAAGACCAGUGCACAUCACCAGGCGAUGCGGAUAGCUGCCAAAUGUUGUCACGUAAGAAACGCAGAGGUGUCAUAGAGAAAAAACGCAGAGAUCGAAUAAACAUGUCUUUGAGUGAACUCAAACGGCUCGUCCCAAGUGCCUUCGAGAAGCAGGGCUCUGCCAAGUUGGAGAAAGCCGAAAUUCUGCAGAUGACCGUUGAUCAUCUCAAGAUGCUACAUUCCAAAGGCAUAGACUCCUUCGCAUAUGAUCCUCACAAAUACGCAAUGGAUUAUCACGGUAUGGGCUUCAGGGAAUGCGUGGCAGAAGUAAUCAGAUAUCUAGAAAGAAUAGAGGGGCUGGACGUUCAGAACCCCUUGAGGUUGAGGUUGACCUCGCAUCUUCAGUGCUGCGCUGCACAGAGAGAACUGGCCAGCAAGCAGGCUGCAACCAGUCCUUGGGGAUAUGGGACAGCACAACCAUACCCUCCGCCACCACCGCUAAACACGAUUCCAUCGGCACCUUCUACACAAACACAUCCAAUAACUAAUUUGAAUACACACCAGCCUACACCUAUACAUCACCAUAAUAUGCACCAUGAUAUGGGUCAUUUCGAUGUAAGCACUUCUUGUGCACAAUCUUCUUCGUCUGCUCAAACGACAGAUUCGAGUAGACUGGUACCGGCACCAUCAACGGCUAUCUUAACUCCGUUAACUUCUACCACAGCUUCUGCUUUAGCUUACAGUCCUCAUCAGUACCCACCGAACACAUUCACUAUCCCUACUUCUAGUCACCAUCAAAACUACAACCAAAGCAACAUACCGACUUCACAGGGGAUGAAACCUUAUAGACCAUGGGGAGCUGAAGUAGCGUAUUGAGUCAGAAAUAUGGAAUUAUAUUUUCAGUGCCUAAUUAUUGAUAAUCCAACGAAAUAUCAUAUUCUACAAGUCCCGACAGUGCCAUGAUGAAAUUGAUGUGCCUUAAUGGAAAUUAUACAGAUCAUUUUCUUGCAGGAAUCAUUGAACGAAGCACAAAAACCAAAUAAUGGAUGUAAAUAGUUGUAAAUACUGUGCUUGCACUGAAUGUUUCUUAUUUGUACCUUAGAACAUAUUAUAUAUUUUAUUUAUUACUUAUUUAAGAAGAAUACAUUCCAAAAUAUAUUUCCGGUAGUCAGUGUUAUCUUUCAGGGAUAAUAGCUCGUUGAACACCUUGUGGUUUGACUAAAUUGUGAUUUUGUAUAUAAGCAAUAAAAACUUAUGAUUCUUAAUAAAGUUUUCUUUUUUUCAUUCCAUUUUACAAGCGAAGCUUGCAAAAUACUCGGCCAUCUCUGAUAUUAUACUAAAUAUCCGUCAAAUACUCGGUACAUACGGAAGUUAUAAUAUGCAAAUCCGAGGAGUAUUCCCACUCAUUAAUUCAUAGGCGAGUCGUUAAAAUUUCCAUACACACUAAACCGCAUUUGUUGAAUUUGGGGAGUCCGGGCUUAAUUAGUGCAUACAACGCGUGUAAGAGAUU